GGGUUUCCCCAGCGGCGGGUCAGAGCAGCCUGGGGCGGAGCCGGGAUGCCGCUCCCGCGGUGCUGCCGGGGGGAAUUUGCCGACUGUCCCUUGGCAGGGGGGCUGGCUUCACCCACCCGGUGAGGAGGAGGACCCGCUGGCAGUCUCCUCCCAGAUCCGGAGCGAGUGUCUCUCACCGCAUCUCCGCGGCCUGAACACCUUGCCUGGGGCUGGGCCGUGGCACGGAGGGCGCAGAAGUGAGCCUUGCGCCAGCCACCUUCGUGGUUAGGAGUCCAGCUGGGCGGUGGCUGGGCCCCUCGGAAGCCCCUGACGACAGAUCGAGAGGAGGGACGGCUGGUGACAGCCCAUCUGCCUGAGCCCCAAACCUCACCUGCUGCCCAGCAGCCGGGUAGCUGAGUGGAGCCUCCAGGCCUGAGUUGGAGCCUCGCUGGAGAACUGACCCAGGGAGCCUCACAGGAUGGCUGCCUCGUCGGGCAACCUGAAUGUGGUGGAAAAGGCGAAGAACUUGACGGAAAAUGACUGCUUUCGCUCUCGGAGCACCGUCCUGCAGGGGCAGCCCUUCGGGGGCAUCCCCACCGUGCUGGUCAUCAACGUCAUCCUGUGGGUGUUCGUCAUUUUCAUUUACUCCUUCCUCCGGAAAGCCGCGUGGGACUAUGGGCGCCUGGGUCUGCUGAUACACAAUGACAGCCUGGCCUCGCUGAUCUACGGGGAGCAGAGUGAAAAGACAUCUCCCUCGGAUAUUCCCCUGGAGAUGGAGCACAAGGACAAGGGCUCCUAUGCCUGGUUCAUCAACACCAUCACCAUGAAGAACAGAGAUCUGAUCAGCAAAUGUGGAGACGAUGCCCGCAUUUACAUCAUGUUCCAGUAUCAUCUCAUCCUCUACGUGCUCAUCCUCUGCAUCCCCUCCUUGGGCAUUAUUUUGCCCAUCAACUACAGCGGAAACGUGCUGGACUGGCGUAGUCACUUUGGUCGGACCACCAUUGUCAAUGUCUCCACAGAUAAUAAGAUCCUAUGGCUGCACACCUCCUUUGCCUUCUUAUACUUCAUCAUCAACCUCCUCUUCAUGGCUCAUCACUGCUUAGGGUUUGUGCCCAGGAGGAGCUCCAAGGUCACAAGGACACUGAUGAUCACCUAUGUCCCCAGAGACAUCCAAGACCCUGAUAUCAUCAUAAAGCAUUUUCACGAGGCCUAUCCAGGGUGCGUAGUGACCAGAGUCCACUUCUGCUAUAACGUCAAGACCCUCAUUGACUUGGACGAUCAAAGGCGCCAUGCGAUGCGGGGCCGGCUCUACUACACAGCCAAGGCCAAGAGGCAUGGGAGAGUGAUGAUCAGGAUCCACCCCUGUUCCCGCUUGUGCUUUUGCAAAUGUUGGACCUGCUUCAAAGAGGUAGACGCAGAGCAAUAUUACAGUGAGCUGGAGGAGCAGCUGACCGAUGAAUUCAACGCCGAGCUCAGCCGCGUUCCACUGAAGCGUCUGGACCUGAUCUUUGUCACCUUCCAGGACACCAGGAUGACGACGCGCAUCCUAAAGGACUACAAGUUCGUCCAGUGUGGGGUGCGCCCCCAGCAGUCCUCGGUGACCACCAUCAUCAAAUCCCACCGCUGGAGGGUUGCCUUUGCCCCACACCCCAAAGACAUUAUUUGGAAACACCUGUCUGUCCGCCGCUUCAAUUGGUGGAUCCGCUUCAUCGUAAUCAACACCCUCCUCUUCUUCCUCUUCUUCUUCCUCACCACUCCCGCCAUCAUCAUCAACACCAUCGACAUGUAUAACGUCACCCGCCCCCUCGAGAAGCUGCAGAGCCCGAUCAUAACCCAGUUCUUCCCCUCCCUGAUGCUCUGGGCCUUUACAGUGAUAUUGCCUCUGAUCGUCUUCUUCUCUGUCUUCCUGGAGGCCCACUGGACCAGAUCAAAUCAGAACCUGGUCAUCGUGUAUAAGUGCUACAUCUUUCUCGUGUUCAUGGUGAUCAUUCUGCCCUCUAUGGGACUGACCAGUUUGGAUGUCUUUUUCCGCUGGCUCUUUGACAUCUACUACCUGGAGGAGGCCUCCAUCAGGUUCCAGUGUGUGUUCCUGCCGGACAAUGGCGCCUUCUUCAUCAACUACGUGAUUACAUCAGCUCUGCUUGGCACGGGCAUGGAGCUGUUGCGCCCGGGGUCCCUCUUCCUGUACACCACCCGCCUCUUCUUCUCCCAGUCGGAGCCAGCGAGAGUCCACAUCAGGAAGGACCAGGCUAUGGAGUUCCAGUACGGGCGUGAGUACGCGUGGAUGUUAAACGUCUUCAGUGUGGUGGUGGCGUACAGCAUCACCUGCCCCAUCAUUGUCCCUUUUGGGCUGCUGUACCUGUGCAUGAAGCACAUCACGGACCGCUAUAACAUGUACUACUCCUACGUGCCCACCAAGCUCAACGAGCAGAUCCACAUGGCCGGCGUCAACCAGGCCAUCUUCGCGCCGCUGCUGGGUCUGUUCUGGAUGCUCUUCUUCUCCAUCCUACGAUUAGGUUCAUUCCACAGCAUCACCAUCUUCUCCCUCGCCUCCCUUAUCGUUUCCAUGGUAAUCGCCUUCCUGGGCACUCUUAUAGGGAGGCUUCCGAGGACAGAAGACUAUGAGCCAGAGGAGGAGAUGGAGACCGUGUUUGACAUGGAGCCAAGCAGCACCUCCUCCACGCCCACCUCCCUUCUGUAUGUGGCCACCGUGCUGCAAGAGCCAGAGAUGAACCUGACCCCAGCCUCUUCGCCCGCCCAGCACACCUACGGCACCAUGAACAGAGCGCCAGAAGAGGGAGAAGAGGAGAGUGGUGUGAGGGGCUUUGCGAGGGAGCUGGACUCGGCCCAGUUCCAGGAAGGCCUGGAAUUGGAGGGCCCGAGCCAGUACCACUGACCAGGACCCGAGGCCUCGCCCUGGCAGCUCCAGCUGGGAGUGGCAGCCAGGGGAGGGCCAGGCCGGGGGAGGCAGAGGGCAGCCCGGACCUCCCCACGACUUCCUGCAGACUUCGGAAAGGCCUGAGGAAGACGUCUGCCCAUCUGGCCAUUGGCCACGUGGAGGCCCCGGCCUGCUGACCAGCUAGAAUGGGAGGUGCUGGGCAGUGCACAGGGACCCCAGGAUGAGGUAGAGGACACAGGCAAGGGCCAUGCCUUGGGAGAGGUGGCUGAAGCCCUGGACACAGAGCCGGAAGGCUCGGGACCUUCCUGGGGUCAAGAUGGAGAGACGUGUGCAUAAGGGAAGAGGCGGAAAGAAGCCCGCUGACGACUCCCUGGGGUCUUCGCUGCCCUGCCACGGAGCUUCUGCUGCUGCUCCCACCCACCCUGCCCCACUCCCGGCCCCUCCCUCUGAGGAGGCAAAGGUACGUGUGCUGGGCCUCGUGGACAAGACAGAAACCACCUCACCCUGGCUUCCUCCCCUGCAGGGGGUUCUGUAAAGAGGACAUUUCUGCCUCUACCGGGCAAGGGGCAGCUGAGACCCAAGAUUAGAGAGAAGGCGACGAGGCCCUCCUGUUCCUCUGCCCCCGACAGAAGUCCCCGGGGCAGCAGGGCAGAGACCCUCCCCUUUCUAUUCCUGUAAGAGUCGCUGGGACACGAUCACUCAGGACUCAUUAAACAGGACCUGUGUGCAUUUUGAUAAAGGCAAACCUCGGCUGUUACUCUGAGGGGGGAGGGGCAGAGGGAGAAUUCACGGAGCGGGGGUCUUCUCCCAACACAUCGGGCGAUGGGAAACCAGGCACAGCUCCCCAAGCCCCAGGGCCUAAUCAGAGGACCCCACAGGCCAAGGAGUUGGCCCCUGAGAACUGCUCCUGCCUCAUGCCCACCUCAGCGCCUGGGCCCCGUGUGGCCGAGGUGGGCAGCAGCUUGGGGUAAGGAGCCCAUGCUUCAAACCGAAGGCCCUGGCCACUCCCCGCCCUCCAGGUAAGACCUUGCCUCUGUUCUUGGACUGAAGACUCAAGUGGUCUCCAGGGUGGUCCUGGCUAUGACACUGCUGAGGCCCGGCACGGAGUGGGUUGGGGUGGGGCUGUGACCUCCAGAGAAGCCCCUUCUGGCAGAGGAAGGCUGCCUCCCAGAGCUGCCACCUCCUGAGGCCUGGAGCCAAAUCCUGAGCAGAACCAGUGCUGGGGACACCCAGGACCUUUGCCCCAGGCAGGGGGUGCAGGCCUCUGCCUCCGGGGACAGGUCCCCAUCAGGACUACCAGGCGGCCCAGCAGAUGCGCACACAGAGAAGGGGCAGCGGGGGCCUCCGUGGACCAGAACGAGCCAAGUCGAAUGGCGUCUGCAUGCUCUAGAGCUCCUUCCUCCAAAGGCCGGGGCCCCUGCAGCCAACCUGCUGAAGGUGGGCCCCGGGGCCCCUCGCUGGGUCCCAGGCUCAUGGGUGACCCUGAACUAUGUCCUUGCUUCAUCCUUGCCCACAUCCCAGCUCCAGAAGUUUCAAGCUUCACCCAGAGAUUCUCCUUGGCCCAGACUUUGGCUUGAGGGAUCUUUCCAGAGAGCUUGAGUCUGCUAGGGAGGAGGCAGGCUUCCCCCUCCUACUCCAGCUCAGAAAAGGAGGGAAUUAUACCCAGUCAGUCCCUCAUAACCCCAGGCCCCCUCCCCUGAGCAUUCCACCAGCCACCAGAGCAUAGGUCCUUUCCAGAGCAGGGUGGUCAGGGCCCCAGCAGAGAGCUCCAGGCACUGCCUGCCCCCCAGAGUGGUUUUUUGUGUUGUUGGGUUUUUUUUUGGGGGGGGGGGUCCUGCCAAAAGCUGGCCUGUGGGCUCGCCUUCACUGGGCACCGACCUCUCCUCUCUCCUCCCCUGCCCACCUGGCAGCCUGUGGAAGCUGCAUAUGCAAAGGGUCACAGCAGAUGACAGGGCAGUGUGUCCGGAGAGGGGGCUUCCCCCUCUGAAUUGGGGUCAAGUGCAGACUGGUUCUGAGAGAAGGCAGCGCGCGAAUGUUAGGAAAGUUCCGGAGUCCUCACUUCGCUAGCCUUCCUGGAGACCCAGAGCAACUGGCAAGGCCCCACCACAGCUGCUCAACCCCCCUCCAUCACUGUGCGGGGUGGGAUGUGCUUUGGCUCCUGACCCCCCACAUCCAGGCACCUCCCCCACACCAGCUUGCUCUCAGCCCGCUCCUGCCUCACGCAUUGGCCUCCACCUACCCCACUGCACCCCUCUCAGACCUGACCCAUUCUGGAGGGAGCUGCCUCCAGGGUGGGGGACCCGGUAUAGAGCCUUCAAGAAGUGCCCCACUCAGCCUAGAGCAGCUCCACGCCUGCCCCUUCCUCAGACGCUUCUGGAAGCCAAGUGCCUAUCAGCAGCAUUGCCACCUCUGGGGACCCACGUGAGGGGUAUGACUUCCCUUGGCCACACCACUGAAGGAAUGUGCCAGAAUGCCGAACCUUCUUGUUAUCAAUGCUGUGACCGUGCCUUGAAUAAACAGUCCUCCCAA